GAACGCGGAAAGAGCAGACUUUGCAGUUUGUGUCUCACUCCCCUACGCCUGCCUCUUCCUACAAUCCCACUCUCAUUAACUGCACCCCAUCAUUUUCCAGGAGCGAGAGGAGGAGGAGGAGGAGGCUGUAUAAAUAUAUUUAUGAUAUAAGUAACUGUUGCUGUCCUGGAGCAGGGGUCCCAGAGACAGGGCUGGCUAUAAAGGGUACUGCUAGCAAGGCAAGUUCUCGCUUGAGAAAGGACUCUCCUGUUCGAUUUGAGCAUUGUUUCCAGCGCGUUUAUUAUGCCAACUGAGAAAGAACGAGUUUUCAGAGCACUUAAAGACUUAGUGCAAAAACCUGGGAAUGGGAUCUGUGCUGACUGCCAACUGCCAGAACCUGAAUGGGCCUCAACCACUCUCGGAAUCUUCAUUUGCCUAAAAUGUUCGGGGAUUCAUCGGAACAUUCCUGAUGUGAGCAAGGUCAAAUCUCUAAUUCUGGAUCCUUGGGAUGAUUCUCAAAUUCAGUUUAUGGCCCAACAUGGAAACGAAGCUGCAAAGGAGAAGUAUGAAGCAUAUGUGCCGAUAUAUUACUACGUCCCAACCUACACAGAUUGUCAGUGUAAACCCGUUCAGGACCAUGCCCCCAGUUCUGCUGGCAACACUCUUGAGACAAAACAUGAUGGAUCUGAGUUCCAUAAAGCAGCAAACCCAAACAGACACUCCACUGCAGUACCGAAGGAGUGCCGCACUGUCGGAGGGAACCAGGAAGAAUCCGCGAAGAUUAGGAGUGGUUUUACUGGGUUGAACGUAGUAGCCAUGGAGAUUGUAGAUUGGUUCAAUGCCAUUCGUGCUGUCCAGUUUCACUACUUACAAGUGGCAUUUCCAGGGACAAGUGACCAUGAGCUGAAGCACAAACUGACGAGGAACUUCCUGAAGGAAGGCUACAUGGAGAAAACAGGACCCAAGCAAACCGAAGGUUUCAAGAAACGAUGGUUUACACUGGAUCAUCGACGCCUGAUGUACUACAAAGAUCCUCUGGAUGCAUUUGCCAAGGGUGAAGUCUUCGUUGGCAGCAGUGAUAACGGGUACCUGGUCAAAGAGGGUCUUUGCCCUGGUGCCCAGAGCAGUCCAGGAUGGCAGUAUGGCAUCACUGUAGUAACACCAGACCGGGACUUCCUGUUCACGUGUGAGAAAGAAAGCGAGCAGCAAGAGUGGAUAGCAGCCUUCAACAGUGUGAUCAGUCAAGAGAUGUCACCCCAGGAAUAUACAAUGGAAGCCAACUUCAAACACAGACGAUAAAGCGCUAAAAAAGCUGACCUCCAACCUUUCACUUCUGACCUCAGCUUUACAGACAAGACACAACACAAAGUCAUUGCUAUGGUGCUGGAAGAUGAGAAACUUCCCAUGUUUACUAGCAACUCAGUUUAUUACCGAUGAGAGUGCGAGGCAUUUCCCCUGUGAUCUUGGCUCCAUCCACUGGCAGCAGGCCUCUGGAAAUGUUCUAGAACAGAAGCACAGUGUACAUCGCUCAGCCACGUUGAGGGGUGCGGUUCCAGCAUGGAUUUGAGCUGACUCACCUUCAGGGAUUGAACAGACAAUGCAGGAACCAACUUGGACGAAACACAAACAUUCCACUGUCUAUUGGACAGAGAGCUUAUGGCUCUACCGUCCUGUCGAGGAGAUCGACAUGCCAAGGGACUCUCUGAUAAUCCCACCACAGUGACACAAAUACUCAGCAGAACACUUUGUCCAUUGGGACUAAUUUAGGGACAUAAUAGAUUGGAAACAGGGAAAAACUAGAAUAAUGGAAGGACAUUCUUUUGCCGAUAAGCUGAGGCAUAUUUGUAAGGACAGUGCAGAGGGAGCUUUACUCUGUAUCUAACCCUGUGCUGUCCCUGUCCUGGGAGUGUUUGACUGGGACAGUGUAGAGGGAGCUUUACUCUGUAUCUAA